UGUUUGAUCAUAGCCGAGGUAGUGAGGGUCUCGAUGGGUCCCACGAAACAAUGAAAAAUGUAAACAUUGCAACGCAGGUUCAUGUGAGACUGAGCCAGUCAGCUGUGAUGAUCAGCGUCCAAUUGACUGCACAUGUGCUUUAAGUGAGUGUGAGCUCAAAAGUUUGUUACAUCACUGUCAUCACGACAGCGACACAUCACUGGGAGCUAAAAAGAUGAGGGCUGCCAUCUCACUGCUACUGCUACUGCUCUUCAUGUUCACCCAGACUGAGAGCCAGAGCACUGGGGCUGCUGCUGCUGAAGUCUCUACCAAGGUGGACAUCUUUGCUGAGCUGAAGGAACUCAGAGACAUGGUGGUGGAGCGGAGAGUACUCCUGACCAUCACAAAGACUGAGCUACAGAACACCAAAACAGACAUGAUGAAGGAGGUGGAGAAGUUGAAGAAGGAAAAUGCUGCACAAGUGGCAGAUCUGACAGCAGUGAAGACCAGACUGGCUGCUAGUGAAGCUGAAGUGAUGAAUCUGAGGAAGGAAAAUGCAGCACAAGAGGCAGAUCUGACAGAUCUGAAGACCAGACUGGUUGCUAGUGAAGCUAAAGUGACGCAUGUGGAGAGCAAUUCAACACCCAAGGUGGCAUUCUCAGCAGGCCUGACUGACGCAGGAUUCCUACAGGCUGGUGGCACUGACAUGAACUUGGUGUUCAGUAGAGUCAUCACCAAUGUUGGACAAGCCUACAGCAGCACCACAGGCUUCUUCACAGCUCCAGUCAGGGGGGUCUACUACUUCAGGGUCACUGUCAUGGACACACUUGACUCACGCUGGCUGUGGGUCUUUAUGUAUAAGAAUGGACAAGAACUUCUCCUGAAACUUGCUGAGCAUGAAACACAUGGGCGAGCGACUUAUGUCUCCAAUGGUCUGACUCUGCAGAUGGAGGUGGGAGAUGUUGUCAACAUGAGACUCAAAGCAGGCCACAGGCUUUAUGACAAUGCUAACAACUACAACGUAUUCACUGGCUUCCUCCUAUUUACUUUGUGAUAAGAGACAGGAGUGUGUUGUAACUCUAUCAUGGCUAUGAACAAAAUAAAAUUAAA